AUGCAUCUCCCAUUCCUCUCCCGCGUGCUAAUCCUCUCGCUCCUUCACAUCUCCACCAUCGCUACAGAACAUGUCCCGGCCCAAAGACCACUCCAAAGCAGCAACACUACGCCCUCGACCCAAGUGCACCGUGUCGCUAUCAUCGGUGCAGGUCCCGGUGGCUCCUCAGCUAGUUACCAUCUCGACAAGUUCUCCCGACUAUCCUCUCUCGAGCCUCCUCUCGACAUCACCAUCUUUGACACGAACCCAUACAUAGGUGGCCGCACCACGACCGUCAAUGCGUUGGACAACCCUCGGUAUCCUGUCGAGCUAGGUGCCAGCAUCUUCGUCGAGAUAAACUAUAUUUUGUACAAUGCAACGCGAGACUUUGACCUUACUCCCUCUUUCAAAAUCUACGAAGCCACACCCACUGCGAAAUACGAGCUGGGGAUCUGGGAUGGGACCAAGUUUGUCUUCACAGCCGUCAGGGAAGACAGCGACUCAUCUUCCUGGCGCGGAUGGUGGGACAUUGCAAAAUUAUUGUGGAAGUAUGGGCUCAGUCCCAUCCGCACACAGCGCGCAACAAGGGCAGCGAUCUCUUCCUUUCUGAAGUUCUACGAUGACUAUUUCCCUUUCGCGAGUCUACAAGAUGCUGUCAUGGCGACGGGGCUGGAUGCAUAUACAGGGGCAACGGGGAAAGAGGUGCUCAAGAACGCAGGUGUUAGCGAACAAUUCGCUCGCGAAAUCAUCCAAGCGAGCACCCGCGUGAAUUAUGCGAGUAACCUAGGUGGCAUUCAUGGACUGGAGACGCUUGUCUGUAUGGCCAUCGAAGGCGCGAUGGCCGUCCAUGGUGGCAAUUGGCAGAUAUUUGACACAAUGGUCAAACAUUCUGCACAAAGAGCGUUCCUGAACACUAGUGUGACGCAUGUUGAGCGGACGAGCAAGGGAACGUAUGCUCUGCAGACCACUAAUGAUGACAUGGCCGAGGAUGAUUUCGAGUUUGACACGGUCAUCCUCGCGGCGCCGUAUCAGUUUGCAAACAUCUCAUUCACGCCCAAGAUACUGGAUCCGCCAGUCAGGAUUCCUUAUGUAUCGUUGUAUGUUACGCUAUUCACGUCCCCACACAGGCUGGCGCCGGCGUACUUUGGUCUGAGCGAUGACAAACAAGACGAUGUGCCGAGUUCGGUCAUAACGACGUUGCCCGAGGAUUUGAACGAGCGCCUAGGCUCUCAACAUGGUGUUGAAGCUGUCGGUCCUUCGGGGUUCUGGUCAAUUAGCACAUUGAGAGUGUUGCACCCCGAAAGCGAUGGACUUUCUGCGGGUCCGAUCGGUGCUGUCAACGGUUCAAGUCAGGACGAUGAGGAGUCGACGCAAUACCUGUACAAGAUAUUCUCUCCUGCUCCGUUGACAGGAUCGUUCUUGUCUGAGCUUCUCGGGUUCGAGUACACGCCUCCGUCGGGAGAGGACGACAGUCUUGGCUCCCUCCCAAAGAAAGAUUUGAGUUGGUUGUAUGAGAAGGUGUGGCAUAGUUAUCCUUACGAAUUGCCUACGACGACCUUCUCGAAUUUCACGUUACAGAUGGAUGAGGGUGAGGGUGUGGGUUUGUACUACCUUUCUGGCAUGGAGAGUUUUAUUUCAACAAUGGAGACAUCGGCAUUGGCCGGGAUGAAUGUUGCAAAGUUGAUUGUUGAAGGGCUGCAUAGUCAUGAAAAUAGGUAA